AUUAAGUGAAUGUUUAGUUAUCACUUAUUCUUUAAUUAAUAAAAAUACAAAAUAACAAUGUCCGUUUCUCGCGUUGAAGAACUAAUUAAUUAUUUUAAAUCACAUAAUAAAAUUAAAGAGCAACAAAGUCAUUCUGCUAAAGUACACAGCGUGGGAUGGAGUUGUGAUGGAAAACUUUUAGCUUCGGGUUCUUUUGAUAAAUCUGUUUGCAUUUUUUCUCUCGGACCUGAUCGUUUGAAGCAAGAAACAACUUUUAGAGGACAUGGUGGUAGUGUAGAUCAACUGUGUUGGCAUGCCUUUUACCCAGAAUUGUUAUCUACUGCAAGCGGAGAUAAAACAGUUCGUAUAUGGGAUACAAGGACUCAAAAAUGCACAGCAAAUAUCAGUACAAGAGGAGAGAAUAUCAAUAUAUCAUGGUCACCUGAUGGAAACACAAUAGCAGUUGGUAAUAAAGAAGAUUUAGUGACUUUCAUUGAUGCAAGAGUAAUGAAAAUUCGUGCUGAAGAACAAUUUAAUUUUGAAGUAAAUGAAAUCUCAUGGAACAAGGAUUCUGAUACAUUUUAUCUAACUAAUGGCCAAGGUUGUGUACAUAUCCUUAGCUAUCCAGAUUUGGAACUAUUACAUGUGAUCAAGGCACAUCCAGGAACAUGUAUUUGUAUAGAAUUUGAUCCAACUGGGAGGUAUUUUGCAACUGGUUCAGCAGAUGCCUUAGUUUCUUUGUGGGAUGCAGAUGAAUUAUGCUGUUUAAGAACAUUUUCAAGAUUAGAGUGGCCAGUGAGAACUAUAUCAUUUUCUUAUGAUGGACAGUUAUUAGCUGCAGCAUCUGAAGAUUUAGUAAUUGAUAUUGGUGAAGUAGAAACUGGAGAAAAAAUUGCAGAUAUACCUGUGGAAGCAGCAACAUUUACAGUUGCAUGGCAUCCAAAACAAUAUUUAUUAGCAUACGCGUGUGAUGACAAAGAUACUUACGAUAGAAAACGUGAUGCUGGUAGUUUAAAAGUAUUUGGAUUUGCCAAUGAUUAAAAUAUUAUUCUUAAACUUUUUUAUAAAAAUAUAUGAUUACAUUAAAAAACUAUAUAAUUUGA